AUGGAGGACUACCAGACCAACGCCAGCGAGCAGGCCAUGGUGGAGAUCUGCGUGACGAGGGUCCCCGCAGCCCUCUGCGGCAUUGAGACACAUGUGCAGACGCUGCUAGGGUUCUGGGCCUCCUGCCUGGAGCAUGAGCUCUGCCCAGCCGCGGGGAGGGACCAGGACACACCCCAUGUCAACAUCACUUCUGGCGUCAUGAGCUGCAUCCUGCAGCACUAUGGCCAUCGCCAGGUCAUGGCCUUGGCCGUCCCGGUGGCCGUGCGGUUUCUGCAGUGGGGCAGUGGGGAGCUGGUGAGGACCAUGUCCAACUCCCUGUCACUGGCAACCAUGAGCCAGGCCAAGCUGCUGGAGGAGCACACGGAGGUCAUCGUGGGAAGCAUCAUGCAAGGUGGGCUGCUGCUCGGUAACAGCUCUAGUCCAGCGGUCGUCUCUGAAUCUCAUUCCAUGACCAGCCCGUCUGAUUUUUGA